GGCAGGAUCGUUGAAUGCGCCGACAGCCAACGUUUGCUCGUCGUGACUUCUCUUCCAAUCCACGUUCUAUGUCUUCUUUGUGUUGCCUUGGUUGCUUGGAAACGACAGCCUGUCCCAAAGAUUCGUCCCCUGACUCGCGCCCACGUUCGAGCAUGCUCAAUAAAUAUAUAACACCUCUCUACCUGUCUCUCCUCGCCGCACGAUGAACACGAUGAUUACUAUUGUCACCUUCGCUCUCUUGUUCGUCGUCUUCGUCGUGUCUGUACCAUUGACUGCCGAGCCGGGAUUAUUACGUUCGAGUCCGCAAAUUUAUCACAUCUCACUGGCGCUGCUCGCCUAUUGCUAUCGUAUUGGCCAUCUUGACCUGGGUCAUCAUAGCAGCACAGCCUUGACCGUCGUGCUAUCAAGAACAGAGGGCGGCCACCCGACAUUCGAAUUGACUGAUAAUGAUCGCUAUACAAAGGCAAGCAUCGUCGGAGCCGAUGCAAGCCGCGUGCAGCUCCAAAUCGCAGUUAGCUCAUCUCCCGCGAACGAGCUCGAAAUUCCAGGCAAUGACUGGGAUUGCUGUAGAGCUUUCGUCACCUGGAAUGUAUGGCUGCAUCUCGACCGCCACGACUACAAGGCAUCGCAUCCGAUCGUACGAGUGGAUUGCGCACCCUUGCCCUCGGCGAACGCUCUGCCCUGGUGCACGGCCGCGCCUAAAAUAUUCCGCGCAGCUUCAGAGAGGUGUUGGGUAUGGGAGCAGAAUUUCAUGGCUUAA